AGCAAGACGUUAAGGGGAAACUUCAACCGAUUGGAGGAUACAUUCGGCCUAUGCCCAAUCAGGAGUUAGGAAAAUGAUCCCAGCGUAAGCCUUCUCUAAAGUUAUGUUUUCCUAAGAGUUUCUUCGGUGUGGAACAAGUGCUCUGAAACCAUCCUCACUCCUUGAGGUUUCUUCUAAUUCUUUUAGCAGGUCCCACCCAGUUUGGGCCCUUCAAUCAUAAAACAUGGCAGACGAUGACCAGAAGAGAAUACAGGCUGAGAAGGACAAAAAGAAGGCUGAGGUGCGGGCCCGGUUAGAGGCCGCAGCUCAAGCCAAGAAAGGUGGCGGCAAACGAGGUUUCAUGACACCUACCCGUAAGAAGAAGUUGAGGACACUCUUGAGGAAAAAAGCCGCCGAAGAAUUAAAGAAAGAACAAGAAAGAAAAGCCGAAGAAAGGAAAAGGACAAUUGCCGAACGAUGUGGGCCUUCUAAGAACUUAGAUGGAAUCAAUGAAGCUGCCCUUCAGGCCAUCUGCAAGGAAUAUCAUCAACGGAUUGUGAAGCUAGAAGACGCUAAAUAUGAUUUGGAAUACGCAGUUAGACAGAAGGAGUUUGUGAUAAAUGAACUUAACAUGCAAGUCAAUGACCUUAGAGGAAAAUUCAUCAAACCACCUCUCAAAAAAGUUUCUCGAUUCGAAUACGGAAAGUUUGAGAAACUUAUGCGCGCUGCUAAAAAGGCUGAUAAUGACUUCAGAGCUAACCUCAAAUCUGUUGGACCAUCAACAAAAUUCAAGCUUGACGAAGAUGUCAAGGAGAAAAAAGCCCCCGAAUGGGCAAACAAGUAACUCCACUGUUGUUUCACCAUCGAAUUGUUGAGAUCCUUCAGUGUUCGUGCCAUUCAGUGAUUGUUAUUGUCCAAUGAACUCUUUACACAUUUUGAACAUACAUAAAAAUUGAAAUAUUGUGUAAUUAUCAACAGAAAAAAAGAAUAUUUCGAAUAAAUAUUUACAAAAAAAGAUUUCCGAUUUCAAUUUUAAUUGCCAAGAUGUUCAAAAAAUAACUGCGGAAAAAAUGUUUUUAGAAAAAUAAAAUGAGAUAGAAAUGUAAGCUUUGCAACGUUCUGUUUAGAAAACUAUUUAAUUUAUUAUAACUUAAAUUCUAACUCAAGUACAAAGUUCGUAAAAAAGGUCGGUGCUAACUGAUGAAAAUCGCAAGAUUAUGUAUUCAAUUGGAAGGAUCUAAUAUGCAUUAAAAACACUGUUUAAGAACGUUUCUGUAAGCAUCACAAGCCGCUGUGUCUUAAGGGAUAGAGCCUCGGCUCCCAAUCAAGUGAUCCAGCUUUGAAUCCCAGCAAUGGCUGGUUAAUUCAAAUUCUGCAGUCAGCUAGCAUCAACCACAGUGCUGACGUAAAAUGUCCUCAGUGUAGAUGGAUCAUGCGUUAGAGUCCCCGUGUCGUCAGGCUAACUGUGGAAAAUUUUCGUAGAUUUUCUCGUCAUAUUACGCAAAUUUGGGGUUAGUUCUAUCAAAAAGUCCUCCACGAAGGCAAAUUUCUCCCGCUUCUUGUCCCAGAAGUUCCUAUUUUAUCUGGAUUGGGUUCAUAAUUAAAAGGUUAUGGAGUUGAAAAUUGGUAGUCGUACACUCAAAAUUCGGUCGACUGUUCAACGGUAAUUAUAAAAUAAAACAUUAUGUAUAAAAAAGUAAGCAGCACAAUCCUUUGAUAAAUUAGAUUUUCGUAAUUAAUAAUAUUUAUUUUUCUAAGCAGAACUGAACAAACCGCAACAUUUCUAUCUCUUAAUGAAAUUUAAACAGAUUUUUAAGCAGGACGGUUAACUUUUUGUGCGCGGCAUACAAUUUUCGUUAUUUUUGACCACAAUGUUUUUAAAGAAAGGAAACCAGGCAUUUUUGAAAGGUUUUUAAGACGGUUUUCAGCUACCACGUUGAAGUUGAAUUGUAGAACAGAUUCCAUACUGUUUAGGAUUUCUUCAGUUAUUGAUUAAAUAAGAUUUGAUUUUUGAAAUUUAACACACAUUCAGAGAUUAGAAUAGAUUUAAAAUAGCUAAAGGGCCGGGGUUUGUACAAAUUUGCUGCUGACAAAACCGUUAUUUUUAACCCUUUGUUUUGUAUCGCUUAGUAAUUUUUCUUUUUUACUAAAAAAGCAGUUACAGAAAAAAUAUUUUUGCUUUUUUGAAUAUUUGUAUGUGUUUUUGUGGUGUUUUGUUGUUUUGAUAUUUUUGUGUUUUUGAACGCUACUAUUUGUUCUUUGAAAUUAUAUGUAUGCAUAUUUUUGAUAUAAAAUUUGUCCGAAAUUUUUAAUGACACUUUGCUACUAAAUAUAGAUUUUUUAUAUUUUAAAAUUAAUUUUUAUAAAAAGUUCAAUACUAGCUACUAAACACUAUAAACAAACACUAAGAAUGCCCUUAAAUACAGGUAAGUGCUUAUGGCUUUUAAAUUUUUUAGAUAUAUUCCCAUAUAUUUUUUAUGUAUAUUAACAUAAAAAUUAGAAUUCAAAUUUUCAAUUUAAUUGCAACAAAAUUUAAGUAUUUGAUAAUGUAAACGAAUUAUUAGCUCUAAAUGUUCGAAUUAUUAGUUGAAAUAUUAUUAGUUUUAAAUUCAUUAUUUAUAUUUCUAAAUUCCUUUUAAAUGUAAGAUUAAUUAUUCUGCUUUUAAUUACAUCUUAACAGAAUAAUAUUUAUAUACUGCUUUAAUAUACUGAUCAAAAGUUAUAAUUACCUUGCAAAACUUAGAAACUACAUAAAUUAUAUUGUAUCUAAUUAUAAUAUACAGUGUGUGCUCUUACUUGAUUAAAAAACUUCAUUUGCCUCGAAAAUGUACAGAUUGGAAAUAACAAUUGACGUGUUUUAAGCGCUCAAAAAUAGGCUCCCAUUUUCAAGACUUAUCAAAGUGUUGUUAAAUUGCAAAGUGAAUUUAAAAACGUAACGUUGCUAACGAAAAAAUGGGAAAUGAAGGUAAUGAAUAAAACCAAAAAACGUCAGUAGCUGGGAAAGAAUAAAAAUAAACGUUAGAAAAACAAAACAAGAAAAAACUCUGUAGUUGAACUGGUUCAGCCAGGGUUAAAAGCAUUUCUAUGCAUUAUUGAGGAAUGUUUCUCUCAUGUUUUUCAUGUUUAUUUUUAUUCUUUCUCGGCUACUGAAGUUUUUCUUUCUCACCUUUAUUUUCCAUUUUUCUUUGGAAACUUUAGGUUUUAAAAUUCGGUAUUAGGUAUUUUAAAUCUUAGUUUCUUCCUAUUUACGUCUGACUAGUCUUGAAAAUAUGUGCCUAUUUUUGAGCGCUUGAAACAUGUCAACUGCUAUUUUGCAAUCUGUAAAUUUUUGAAGUGAAUGAAGUUUUAUAAUCAAGUAAUAUCUUACCACUUCAGUUUUUUAGCAUUAUUUAUUCAAUAUAGUACGCUGGUUAAUUGUACUAAUUUAUACUUCUUUUUGCACAUUAGACCAAACCCGACUGGGCCCUUGGAGCCAAGAAGGAGCAAGUUGAGGAAUGAGAUGAUCUCAACGUUCCACUU